GUGUGUUUUUGUCCCUCACUCUCUACUCUCUUCUCAUCCUGUUAACAACUCCCCGUCUUGUGGAGAGCUUCCUCUGCUUGGAUUGUCACCAGUUCAACAUCAUGCUCCUUCGGACUGUGGUCCUGCUUUCCCUCUGCGUGUCCGUGGGCAUGUGUGCCACUUUAGCCCACUACCAGGCUAAUGAGGAGGAGGCCCCUGCUGUUACAGAUGGUGCUUUAGCAGCUGACUCUGUAGAUGCAGAUGCUCAAGUGGGUGAUUCACCUGCAGCUGAGGAAUCUGCUGCUAAUUCCAUUUUUGGUGACAGUCUACUAGGUAAAAUACUUGCCGGGGAUAACCCAGCACCUCUCACACCUGAAGCCGAUAUCCCUGCAGCAGAUAGUGAAACGACCAAAGAGCUAGAGACAGACAGUGACAGGCCUGCUGGAGACAUCCCUGCCAUGGAAGCUCUUAGCAGUGAAGCUGUCACCCACGAGGAACCUUCCCCUAACGAGGAGGAAAAGGAGGGGAAUGACAUCACACCAGUCCAGACAAACCAGAACCUGAACAGACCCAUUGCACAUGAAGAUAACAGUUGGAGCCUCAACUCAAUUAGAAGUAGUUUCCAGAAUGUGCACGGAUACUUUGACUCUCUGGUGGAGCUGGUGGGGGGGCACAAUGGUGUGUGUCAGUACCAAUGCAGAUAUGGAAAACCUCCUCAGCCUCGCCCCGACUAUCAACACUCAGAGCCUGACGGCUGCAGCUCCUCUCUGGUUGGAUUCCAGGUGAAUUCUGCUCUCGACCUGGGGAUACCUGCUAUGACACAGUGCUGUAACCAGCUUGACAUGUGCUACGAUACUUGUGGGACAAGCAAGUACGACUGUGACUCCACGUUUCGCUCGUGUCUGCACGACAUCUGCUCAGACCUUAACAAGAGUUUGGGCUUUGGGUCGAAGGUACAAGCCUGUGAAUCGAUGGCAGACACUCUUUUUAACACAGUGUGGACUCUUGGUUGUAGACCUUACAUGAACAGCCAGAGGGCAGCAUGUGUCUGCGAGGGAGAGGAGAGGGAUGAACUGUGAUACGGAACACUAUGGACUCCUGGAUGAUCUCACAGACAAAUAACAAAGUCAUGGGUAUUUCUACAGAUUAUUACAGAGGAGAUACUUCACAAGAGCCAUCUGAAGAUCCAGAGCCUGGGAUUUAAAUUACAUAUAAAUGAGGAAUGCAAAUGAACAGUUUCUCAGGUUUUAUUCAUAGGCAGGACUAACAUAUAUUAGGUGUCUGAAUAUGACUUUCAGAAUCUUAAUUAAUUGCUUAUGCAUGUUCUCCAAACUCCAUUUCAUUUUAGGCCAUUUUUAGGCCUCUGUGACUCCAUUAACAUAAAUUACUCUGAUGACUCCAAGUGCCUGAUGGGAAGGAUACUGUAGCUGGAUUAAUGUCCUCUAGAUAGAAAGAGACACAACAUAAUUACUAUGGUGCAUGUGGUUUGUUGUUAUUUAUCAAGAGUGCUUAUCUGCUUGAACCUCAAGUCAGUGUCAUGUGAAUGUAAUGUAAUUACAACUAUUACGUUUAUAUUUGAUGUAAGUUAUUUGCCACAUAUUUGUUUUUGUUUUUUUAGGAAUAAAUGCACGACUAAUUGCA